AGACGAAUCGAUUAGUCUAAAUAUUUUAUUAUAGUGAAAAUAUGGCUAAUACUGGAGUACUGCCUUUUAUUCGGGGAGUUGAUUUUACAAAGAAUGACUUCAGUGAUAAUAAUUUUCCAUCUGCGGUGAAAUUGAUGACGCGGGUGCAAUGGCUGAAUUUGGAUGCAACGCAAUUGAAAUAUAUUCCCGAGGAGAUGGGAAAUUUGCUUAAGCUGGAGCACCUGAGCCUUAAGAAUAACCAGCUGGAGAAACUCUUUGGUGAACUGACGGAAUUGACAUGCCUUCGAUCUCUGAACUUGAGAAGAAAUUGUAUAAAAAGUAGCGGGGUGCCCCCUGAGUUAUUUCACCUCGAAGAGUUGACCACAUUAGAUUUGUCGCACAACAAAUUGAAGGAAGUUCCAGAAGGCUUGGAGAAAGCGAAAAGCCUUCUGGUAUUGAAUUUGAGCCACAAUAAUAUUGAAGCCAUUCCGACGGCAUUGUUUAUACACCUCACAGAUCUACUAUUUUUGGACUUGUCGCACAACAAAUUAGAAACAUUACCUCCACAAACUAGAAGGCUUGCAAAUUUGCAAACAUUGAUUUUGGCCGAUAACCCUUUGGAGCUAUUUCAAUUAAGGCAACUUCCAUCACUCCAAAAUCUCGAGGUGCUUAAUAUGCGAAAUACACAACGCACACUUUUAAAUUUUCCUACAACACUGGACACAUUAUCCAACUUGUCGGAGCUUGAUUUGUCGCAAAAUAACCUUUCCAAAAUUCCAGAAUGUGUUUACAAUUUGCCCAAUUUGAAAAGACUGAAUUUGAGCGAGAACACUAUUACAGAACUCAGCUCCAGUGUCGAGAAUUGGCAGCGAUUGGAAGUGCUUAACUUAUCGCGCAAUGAGUUGACAAGUCUGCCUGCUUCGUUAUGCAAGCUGGCUCAAUUGCGUCGAUUGUAUCUCAAUGACAAUCGCCUGGAUUUUGAGGGAAUCCCAUCAGGAAUAGGAAAGCUUUGCAGUUUGGAGAUAUUCUCUGCUUCCAACAAUUUGCUGGAAAUGGUGCCCGAAGGACUUUGCCGAUGUGGAUCCUUGAAACGAUUAAAUCUAUCGUCGAAUCGUCUAAUUACGUUACCCGAUGCCAUACAUCUCUUGGAUGGUCUGGACCAGCUAGAUUUGCGUAAUAAUCCCGAUUUGAUAAUGCCCCCAAAGCCGACAGAAGCUACUAAAGGUUCGGGUGUGGAAUUUUACAAUAUAGAUUUCUCUCUGCAGACCCAACUGCGCUUAGCAGGUGCGGCAGUCCCACCAUCAGUUCCUGUGACUUCCACUCCAAAAGAUUCUACAGCUCGUAAAAUUCGGCUACGUCGUGGUCCCCGCAACGACUCAGCUCAAGAUUCCGCAAAAAUACUUAAGGGAAUGAAAGACGUAGCAAAGGAUAAGGACGAAGCAGAGGCAAAUCAAUCUUGGUGCAACGACUCUGAUGAAACGCGCCCCGAAUCCUUAAAGCCUAAACGAUGGGAUGAGUCGCUGGAAAAACCACAAUUGGAUUAUUCAAAAUUUUUUGAAAAAGAGGAUGGACAGUGCCCCGGUUUAACAAUUUGGGAAAUUGAAAAUUUUCUUCCCAAUAAAAUUGAAGAAGUUGCUCACGGAAAAUUUUACGAAGGUGAUUGCUACAUCGUUCUUAAAUCAAGCUACGAUGACCUGGGACAAUUGAAUUGGGAAAUUUACUUCUGGAUUGGUAAUGAAGCAACGCUCGAUAAAAGGGCGUGUGCAGCUAUUCAUGCAGUUAAUCUAAGAAACUUUUUGGGAGCCCGCUGCCGAACCAUCCGCGAGGAACAAAAUGACGAGUCUGAAGAGUUUCUGGCACUUUUCGACACAGAGGUUACAUAUAUUGAGGGUGGUCGAACCGCCACUGGCUUUUACACUGUCGAAGAUAUGUUGUAUACCAUACGUUUGUAUCGUGUACACGGUUCUGGUGCUUCGGUUCAUAUGGAACCAGUUGCUGUGAGCUUCGCUUCUCUUGAUCCCAGAUAUUCCUUUAUGCUAGACUGUGGCAUCAAAAUGUACAUUUGGUUGGGAAGGUGUUCCAAAAACACACUUAACUCGAAGACACGCUUAAUGGCAGAAAAAAUCAAUAAAACUGAACGAAAGAACAAAUGUGAAAUAAUUGUGGAAAUGCAAGGAAAUGAAAGUGAAGAAUUUUGGCGUUAUCUUAAUGCUGACCCCGAAGAAGCGUCCCAACAGAAAAUACCGCAACACGUUGAAGAGAAUUUUGUGCCAUCGAUUCCUCGCCUUUACCAAGUUCAGUUGGGUAUGGGCUAUUUGGAAUUGCCUCAAGUAGAAAUACCAGAUCACAAAUUAGUCAGUUCUUUGCUGGUCAGUAAAAACGUGUACAUUCUAGACUGCUUCACCGAUUUGUUCGUAUGGUUUGGGAAAAAAUCCACGCGUUUGGUUAGAGCAGCUGCUAUAAAACUAUCCCGAGAGUUAUUUAAUAUGAUUUCGAGGCCUGUAUACGCCCUCGUUACGCGUUUGCAAGAAGGGGCAGAAACACAAAUGUUCAAAUCGAAAUUCAUUGGUUGGGACGAGGUAAUGGCCGUUGAUUUUACACGAACUGCAAAUUCUGUAGCAAAGACAGGAGCGGAUUUAACAAAGUGGGCAAAACAGCAGGAGACGCGUGCAGAUCUGGCUGCACUGUUCAUGCCUCGCCAAAAUCCGAUGCCACUGAAAGAAGCAGAACAGUUGGAGGAAGAUUGGAAUUAUGACCUCGAAGCUAUGGAAGCUUUUGUUUUGGAAGGCAAAAAGUUUGUACGGCUACCCGAGGAAGAACUGGGUCAUUUCCAUACAGCAGAAUGUUACGUAUUUCUCUGUCGCUAUUGCAUACCAGCAGAUGAUGAUGAAGAGGGUGCUGAACCGGAUGAUAGCAAACCGCCGCCCGACGAUGAAAUACAAUGCAUUGUAUACUUCUGGCAAGGUCGCAAUGCAGGAAACAUGGGAUGGCUUACAUUCACAUUCACUUUACAAAAAAAAUUCAAAACAAUGUUUGGCGAAGAACUUGAAGUGGUGCGAAUACAUCAACAGCAAGAGAAUCUAAAAUUUUUGGCACACUUCAAACGUAAAUUCAUAAUUCAUACAGGAAAGCGCAAGGACAAAAUAAGGAGUCCCGAAACCAAGCAUAUCGUUGAGUUUUUCCAUUUACGUUCCAAUGGCGGAGCACUCACAACUCGUCUUAUACAAAUUCAACCAGAUGCGAUACACUUAAAUUCUGCAUUUUG